UCCCCCCCAGGCAGGCCCCAGCAUGGGGCUGAAGCCCUGGCAGAAGGCUCUGUUCCCGCUGCGCUCCGUGGCCGCCGUGGUCCGUCUCUUCGAGGCCGAGCUGCGCCAGCCCGAGCCCGACCUGGUGCUGCUCUCGCUGGUGCUGGGCUUCGUGGAGCAUUUCCUGGCCGUCAACCGAGUCCUCCCCACCAACGUGCCGGGGCUCACCUUCGAAUCGCGGCCGGGGCCGGACCCCCAGACCCGGCUGUACUUCCCGGUGGCCGAGCUGUCCAUCGUGGCCGCGCUGUACGCGCGCUUCACGGCGCAGAUCCGCGGCGCCGUGGACCUGUCGCUGUACCCCCGGCCCGACGGCUGCUCCUCGCGGGAGCUGGUCCGGAAAGUGUCCGACGUCAUCUGGAACAGCCUCAGCCGCUCCUACUUCAAGGACAGGGCGCACAUCCAGUCGCUCUUCAGCUUUAUCACGGGUACCAAGCUGGACAGCUCAGGUACCAAGCUGGACAGCUCAGGUGUGGGGAGCUGGCUGUACCUGAAGGGCUCCUACCUGCGCUGCACGCGGCACAUGGAGGUGGCGUUCAUGGUGUGCGCCAUUAACCCGUCCAUCGACGGCCACACCGACAGCCUGGAGCUGCUGCAGCUGCAGCAGCGCCUGCUGUGGCUGCUCUACGACAUGGGGCACCUGGACAGGUACCCCAUGGCUCUGGGGAACCUGGCCGACCUGGAGGAGCUGGAACCCACCCCGGGCAGACCCGACCCCCUCACCCUGUACCACCAGGGCAUCCACUCUGCCCGCACCUACUACAACAACGAGCACAUCUACCCCUACCUGUACCUGGCCGGCUUCCACUGCCGCAACAAGAAUGUCAAGGAGGCGCUGGAGGCCUGGGCUGACACGGCCACCGUCAUCCAGGACUACAAUUACUGCCGUGAGGAUGAGGAGAUCUACAAGGAAUUCUUCGACGUGGCCAACGACGUCAUCCCCAACCUGCUCAAGGAGGCGGCGGCCGAGCCCCCCCCGGGGGCUGAGGGGUCUCCCGGGGGUCUCCCAGCCCUGCAGGACCCCGAGUGCUUCGCUCACCUGCUGCGCUUCUACGACGGCAUCUGCAGGUGGGAGGAGGGCAGCCCCACGCCCGUGCUGCACGUGGGCUGGGCCACCUUCCUCGUGCAGUCCCUGGGCCGCUUCGAUGGCCAGGGCAGCCCCACGCCCGUGCUGCACGUGGGCUGGGCCACCUUCCUCGUGCAGUCCCUGGGCCGCUUCGAUGGCCAGGGCAGCCCCACGCCCGUGCUGCACGUGGGCUGGGCCACCUUCCUCGUGCAGUCCCUGGGCCGCUUCGAUGGCCAGGGCAGCCCCACGCCCGUGCUGCACGUGGGCUGGGCCACCUUCCUCGUGCAGUCCCUGGGCCGCUUCGAUGGCCAGGGCAGCCCCACGCCCGUGCUGCACGUGGGCUGGGCCACCUUCCUCGUGCAGUCCCUGGGCCGCUUCGAUGGCCAGGGCAGCCCCACGCCCGUGCUGCACGUGGGCUGGGCCACCUUCCUCGUGCAGUCCCUGGGCCGCUUCGAUGGCCAGGGCAGCCCCACGCCCGUGCUGCACGUGGGCUGGGCCACCUUCCUCGUGCAGUCCCUGGGCCGCUUCGAUGGCCAGCAGCCGCGGCCCGAGGAGGGCGCGGGGGGAGCGGGCACCGGGCCGGGAGAUGCGGGGGGACGGCCGGGAGCCGCGCACAAGCCCCGGAGGGCAGACUUCCCGCGGAAGCGGAAGCGCAGCCGCUGGAACCAGGACUCGCUGGAGCAGAAGACGGUGAUCCCGGGGAUGCCCACGGUGAUCCCGCCCGGGCUGACCCGCGAGCAGGAGCGCGCCUACAUCGUGCAACUGCAGAUCGAAGACCUGACCCGCAAACUGCGCACGGGAGACCUGGGCAUCCCCCCUAACCCCGAGGACAGGUCCCCCUCCCCGGAGCCCAUCUACAACAGCGAGGGGAAGCGCCUGAACACGCGGGAGUUCCGCACGCGCAAGAAGCUGGAGGAGGAGAGGCACAACCUCAUCACCGAGAUGGUGGCCCUGAACCCCGACUUCAAGCCCCCUGCUGAUUACAAGCCGCCGGCGACGCGGGUGAGCGACAAGGUGAUGAUCCCCCAGGAUGAGUACCCCGAGAUCAACUUCGUGGGGCUCCUCAUCGGGCCCAGGGGGAACACUCUGAAGAACAUCGAGAAGGAGUGCAACGCCAAGAUCAUGAUCAGGGGCAAGGGCUCGGUGAAGGAGGGCAAGGUGGGCCGCAAGGACGGGCAGAUGCUGCCGGGCGAGGACGAGCCCCUGCACGCCCUGGUCACUGCCAACACCAUGGAGAACGUCAAGAAAGCCGUGGAGCAGAUCAGGAACAUCCUGAAGCAGGGCAUCGAGACCCCCGAGGACCAGAACGAUCUGCGCAAGAUGCAGCUGCGGGAGCUGGCGCGGCUCAACGGGACCCUGCGGGAGGAUGACAACCGCAUCCUGAGGCCGUGGCAGAGCACCGAGACUCGCAGCAUCACCAACACCACGGUGUGCACCAAGUGCGGCGGGGCCGGGCACAUCGCCUCCGACUGCAAGUUUGCCAGGCCUGGGGACCCACAGUCUGCACAGGACAAGGCACGGAUGGACAAGGAGUACCUGUCCCUGAUGGCCGAGCUGGGAGAGGCCCCGGUGUCCGUGAGCUCCAACGCCGCCCACAACAACAGCCCCUUGUCCAGCAGCCACCGUGCCGCCAGCCAGGCUGGGGGGCAGCCCCCCCCGAUUCGCCCCCCCUGGAUGAGCUCGGCGCCCUCGGAGAACCGUCCCUACCACGGGCUGCACGGGGGGCCGGGGGGGCCCGGGGGUCCCCACAGCUUCCCCCACCCCAUGGCUGGCAUGGGGGGGGGUCACGGGGGGCACCCCCUGCAGCACACCCCCAACGGGCCCCCCCCGUGGAUGCAGCCCCACCAUCCCCCCAUGGGGGGGGGGCCGCACCCCCCGGGCCACCCCGGCCCCCACCACAUGGGUACGGACGAUCCUGGCUGGGGAGGGGGCUUGGGGUGGAAAAAAAG